AUGGUGGGUGACGGGAGAGAGCCAUGGGAGGGGGCUGUGGGGCUGUACUUUGAAGAACAGCCCCGCUCCCCACUCGGCCAUGCCCUCUGCAAGGGCAGGAGGUGGAGGACCCCGAGAGCAGCCUCUCAGAACGCAUACAGCCCUGGGCCUGCGCUGGCGCUGGGAGGGUGCCCCCGUUCCCGCGGCUGGGCCCUCUGUGCCUGCCCCAGCUUCGCCCUGCCCGUGAGUGGCCGCCACGACCGGCUGGGAUGCAGAAGCCUGUCCACCGUGCGCGCCGCCGAGCGGGUGCGCGCCGCCGAGCAGCACGUUCAGAAGGGUCCUCUGAGGGGGCUGUUGUCCCAAGCCCCUGUUCUUACAGUUCCCAGUGACCUGACUGUAGAGGAGCGUCAGGAACUGGAGAACAUCCGGCGGAGAAAGCAGGAGCUACUGGCUGACAUUCAGAGGCUCAAGGAUGAGAUAGCAGAGGUAGCUAAUGAAAUUGAAAACCUCGGGUCCACAGAAGAAAGGAAAAACAUGCAGAGGAACAAACAGGUAGCCAUGGGCAGGAAAAAGUUUAACAUGGACCCUAAAAAGGGGAUCCAGUUCUUAAUAGAGAAUGAUCUGCUGAAGAAUACUUGUGAAGACAUUGCCCAGUUCUUGUACAAAGGGGAAGGCCUUAACAAAACCGCCAUUGGUGACUACCUGGGGGAGAGAGACGAGUUUAAUAUCCAGGUUCUUCAUGCAUUUGUGGAGUUACAUGAGUUCACUGACCUUAACCUUGUCCAGGCGCUACGGCAGUUCCUGUGGAGCUUCCGGCUGCCAGGGGAGGCCCAGAAGAUUGACCGGAUGAUGGAAGCGUUUGCCCAGCGCUAUUGCCAGUGUAAUACUGGGGUGUUCCAGUCCACAGACACUUGUUACGUCCUCUCAUUUGCCAUCAUCAUGUUGAACACCAGCCUGCACAACCCCAAUGUCAAAGAUAAGCCCACCGUGGAGAGGUUCAUCGCCAUGAAUCGCGGCAUCAACGAUGGGGGAGACCUGCCUGAGGAGCUGCUCCGGAAUCUGUAUGAGAGCAUAAAAAACGAACCCUUUAAAAUCCCAGAAGAUGAUGGGAAUGACCUCACUCACACUUUCUUCAACCCAGACCGGGAAGGCUGGUUAUUGAAACUUGGUGGCAGGGUCAAGACUUGGAAAAGACGCUGGUUUAUUCUGACUGACAACUGCCUUUACUACUUUGAAUAUACGACGGACAAGGAGCCCCGUGGGAUUAUCCCUUUAGAGAAUCUGAGUAUCCGGGAGGUAGAGGACUCCAAAAAGCCAAACUGCUUUGAGCUUUAUAUUCCUGACAAUAAAGACCAAGUGAUCAAGGCCUGCAAGACGGAGGCUGAUGGGCGGGUCGUGGAGGGGAACCACACCGUGUACCGGAUCUCAGCCCCGACGCCUGAGGAGAAGGAGGAGUGGAUUAAAUGCAUCAAAGCAGCCAUCAGCAGGGACCCUUUCUACGAGAUGCUGGCCGCAAGGAAGAAGAAGGUCUCCUCCACGAAGAGACACUGA